AGGUUCUCUGCGGAGGAGCGUGUACCCCUAAGGUCAAUCCGAAGCGGAGACCCGCUUCGCGAGAACGACGUGCGCAGGCGGUGCAACUGCGUCGGGGAGAAUCCACGACGCCGGGCGACCGACACACAGAGAGCGAGAGCGAGAGAGAGGGAGAGAGAGAGAGGAUUCAGGAUGAAGGUUCAUGAAUGACGCCGCCGCCGCUGCUGCUGCUGGGCUGUUGGAUGCAGUCGCCCCCCUCCAGCAACAGCGAAGGGAGCAGUUGAGCUGCGCUCACAACAACGAGCGGAGCGCCGGGCGGAUAAAAUGCAGUAAGUAUGGUGCAGUCGGGGGCGGGGGUCACAGGUGGUGGCAUCUGCCAAUCAACCCAUGGCACCUGCUGGGUCUACCCCGUGACCUCCUCCGGCCAGCAGUGGGCCUUCGACAGAUGAACGAUAGACGGGUGAACGAGAGAUGGGUGAACGAGGGACGGGUGAACGAGAGACGGGUGAACGAGGGACGGGUGAACGAGAGACAGGUGAACGAGGGACGGGUGAACGAGGGACGGGUGAACGAGGGGCGGGUGAACGAGAGACGAGUGAACGAGGGACGGGUGAACGAGAGACGGGUGAACGAGAGACGGGUGAACGAGAGACGGGUGAACGAGGGACAGGUGAACGAGGGACGGGUGAACGAGGGACGGGUGAACGAGAGACAGGUGAACGAGGGACGGGUGAACGAGGGACGGGUGAACGAGAGACGGGUGAACGAGGGACGGGUGAACGAGGGACGGGUGAACGAGAGACGAGUGAACGAGGGACGGGUGAACGAGAGACGGGUGAACGAGAGACGGGUGAACGAGAGACGGGUGAACGAGAGACGGGUGAACGAGGGACGGGUGGACGAGAGACGGGUGAACGAGAGAGUCAGUAUGGUAGGCGUUCCUAUGGAACACGCGCCAUCAACUUAGAAACGUAUCACAGCGAUAAAUUCACGCAUUUAUUUUUUUAUUUCCUCAUAAUGAACCAGCAGGAAACAAGACCGCGCUAAAUAUUUGAUAUUUUAUUUUUUAAAAAACAUUGUUUUCACUCUCCCACGCUCUUCUUGGGGAAUUGUAACGAGUGAGUGUUGUGUGUGUGUUGUGUGUGUUGUGUGUGUGUGUUGUGUGUGUGUGAGUGUGUGUGGUGUGUGUGUUA